AACAACCCUAACUCCCUGUUUGUGUGUAUUCCCGUUUUCAACUCCGUUAUCUCUCGUUUAAGAAAAAAACGUCUUCUACCUUCCCUACCCUUUACAGUCGCGUUUUCUCGCCGUUGCCAAAAACCCUAAGAACUCUAUAAUGGCGUCGAAAUUCGGGAUGGCCGGCGGCAUACCGGAACGGCGUGUCCGGCCUGUUUGGGACGCAAUCGACUCUCGACAGUUUAAAAAUGCACUCAAGCUAUCUACGACUUUGCUCUCCAAAUAUCCCAACUCUUCCUACGCUCUCGCACUUAAGGCUCUCAUAUUGGAAAGAAUGGGUAAAUUGGAGGAAGCACUAUCUGUCUGCAUCAAUGCUAAAGAGCUUUUAUAUAAGAACGAUUUGAUCUUGAUUGAUGACCUCACACUAAGCACAUUGCAGAUUGUUUUUCAACGGCUAGAUCAUCUGGACAUGGCUACUAGUUGUUAUGAGUAUGCAUGCGGAAAGUUUCCGAACAAUUUGGAACUGAUGAUGGGACUCUUCAAUUGCUAUGUUCGUGAAUAUUCUUUUGUUAAGCAGCAACAGAUAGCCAUUAAAAUGUAUAAAAUUGCUGGUGAAGAGAGGUUCUUGCUGUGGGCAGUCUGUAGCAUUCAGUUACAGGUUUUUUGUGGGAAUGGAGGAGAGAAACUUUUGCAAUUAGCAGAAGGUUUGCUUAAAAAACACAUUGCUUCUCAUAGCUUGCAUGAGCCUGAAGCUCUUAGUGUAUAUAUUUCUCUAUUGGAACAGCAAGCCAAAUAUGGGGAUGCUACAGAAGUUCUUUCAGGGAACUUAGGAUCACUUAUAAUGAUUGAAGUUGAUAAACUACGGAUACAGGGGAGGCUUCUUGCUCGGGCAGGUGAUUAUGGUGGAGCUGCAGAUAUUUUCCAAAAAGUCUUGACGUUGUGCCCUGAUGAUUGGGAAUGUUUUCUUCAUUAUCUUGGUUGCUUGCUGGAAGAUGACUGUAUUUUCCCCAGUGGGACUAAUACUACCCCUUCAAAUUCAAUCCACGUGUCAACAUCGAUCGACUGCAACCUGUCAGAUGACGUGUUUGAUUCUCGUAUAUCGAGGGCCUCUGAAUUUGUAGAAAAGCUAAAAGCAGAAGCAGGUAGCGAUUCUAUAAGAAACCCGGACUUGGCAAAUCUUGAAAUUGAGAGGAGGAAAAUAAUAUUUGGAAAGGGUAGUUAUGACAAACUCAUGGAGGACAUUAUUCUAUUCUUCUCCAGAUUUGGACAUUUAGCUUGCUUCUCAGCUGACGUGGCAGUCUUCCUUCAAGUUCUACCCGGUGAUAAAAAAAACCAGUUACUAGAAAAGUUGGCUAAACGCAUUGCUUCUUCCGCCACGUCAUCAAAAAAUGUUCUUGGACAACAUAUAACACUUUUCAAAAUAAGAGAACUGAUUGGUGACAUGUUCCCACUUCCUGAAGGAGAUCUUGUGGGGUUUGCAGUACAAAUGACAGAAAUGUAUUGUCAGAAUCUUCCUCUUUCAAAGGACUUGGAUGUACAAGAGAGUAUGUUUGGUGAAGAGUUUCUAUCUAUGACAUGCAAUGUACUGGUUCAGUUAUUUUGGCGUACAAAACAUAUUGGCUACUUAUUGGAAGCUAUUAUGGUGUUGGAGCUUGGGUUGACUGUCCGCAGAUAUGUUUGGCAAUACAAGAUUUUGUUGCUACACCUGUACUCUUAUUGGAAUGCUCUUCCAUUAGCAUAUGAACGGUACAAGUCAUUGGAUGUGAAGAACAUCCUUUUGGAAACAGUGUCGCAUCACAUUUUACCCCAAAUGUUGACAUCUCCGUUAUUGGUAGAUACUAGUGAUCUUUUAAAGGGUUACUCAAGGUUCAUGGAUGAACACUUCAAGGAAUCUGCAGAUCUUACUUUUCUUGCAUAUCGGCAUCGAAAUUACUCAAAAGUAAUUGAAUUCGUUCAAUUUAAAGAGAGAUUGCAACGUUCAAGUCAGUACUUAACAGCAAAGAUUGAAGGAUCAAUCCUGAAUUUGAAACGGAAUGCAAAUAGUAUUGAACAAGCAGAGUCUGUACUUAAAAGCUUGAAUUUUGGAAGCGACUUUCUUGAUGUUUCAAAUGAGAUCCAGUCCAAGAAAUUGACCUUCAAUGAAGAUUUACAAUUACGUCCUUGGUGGACCCCAUCUUACGACAAAAAUUACCUUUCAGGACCUUAUGAAAGCAUGUCAAAUUAUCCUAGAGAAACCUUGCGGAAUGAUGUUAAAGAAAUGGAAUCAAAGGUGACAAGAACAAUCGAGAAAAGGUCACUACUUCCACGUAUGAUCCAUCUAUCAAUACAAUGUGCUUCAUCAUCAGUAAAAGUCAAUUCCAAUUCCGACAUUAAUGGUUUUGAUUCCAAAGCCUCCUCAGAGCUCAAAUCCUUGCUGGAAUCUUAUGCAAAAUUUCUACAGCUCCCAUUCCAUGAUGCAGUGGAGCUUGUUACGAGUGUUGCAUCCGGUCAAAAACCUUUGGAGGUUUUUUCACCAAAUCUGAUUGACUGGAUGAACUUUGCUGUGUGUUUAAACGCCUGGAAUCUGAAUUCCAACGGAAUCACAAUUCCGAUGAAUUGGGAACUUUUGUGUUCAUUACUACAACAAUCCGUUUCUUCAAAGAUAAAAACCGCAAAACCGUUAGUAUCUUUCCCGGGAACCGAUCUUUCCAUUCUUGUCCAGUUAGUGAUGGAGCCGCUGACGUGGCACGGUCUCAUCAUCCAGUCAUGUGUCCGGUCAGCUCUUCCAUCCGGUAAAAAGAAGAAGAAAGGUGGUGGCGGUGGGACCUCCGAUCAGUCAAACACCCAACUCUCGAGUUCAAUAAAAAAUUCAAUUGUAUCACUAAAUAACACGAUUGAUGAAGUUUCUAAAUCGUUAAAAGAACAAAUCAAUAAGUCAGUUGAUGGGGACAUUGACAUUUUACUUUCGUCUAUUAAUUGUGUUGAUGGUGGGCCCGGGCCCGGAAAAGUUGUUAGGAUUCUUGAAAAAUUGGUUUCUUCGGUCGAUGAUUUGGAGGUUGGUGAAAGGAUUUGUCAUGCGGUUAAGCCGUGGAAGGCGGCUGAUGUGGCGAGGAAGAUGGUGACGGCUCAGGGAACUGCUUUGACCGACUUCCUUAAUGUUUGUGAUUCAAAAAUAAAGGUUUUGCAGGGACUAAAACUUCAAAUAUAAUAAGAUUUGGUGAGUGAGUCCAUGAGGUUAUUUGUACACUUAGUGUUUCAUUUGUUGAGCUGUUUUGGUUUUUUAGUGUUUUUUUACAGCUUUUUGUAUGAGCAUAAAUUUUGGAAACACAUUUUAUUUUUUGUAAAUUGAUGGCGUUUUGCUUUUGGAGA